CGUAUAUAAAUUCUGACAGGAAGUUAAUUAAACAUAUAAAAUAGAGGAGAAUAAGAUGAACAGCACAUGGAUUGCAAUUAUUAUUCUGUGUUUAACAGGUUCGCUGAAGGCGUGGACAUGUCCAAGUAAUUCUCGAGUUUUUACAGAUGUAGGGGGAUUGCCUAUUUUAACGUUCACGGCUACUAACUACGAGUCCUUUGACUUCGUCGCUUUUCAAAUAACGACAUGGUUUGGAAAUCUACUUACGGUGAACUAUGAGUAUGGACGAGUAUAUGCAGGUUCUCCAUAUCUUCACAAUUGCACUUUAGCAGAAGAUGCAGAUUUGGACAAUGGCAUUUUAAGCAUCCAACUUAUUAACACACGUCAGUCCGAAGGAGGAACGUAUAGACUGAUAAAACAAUACAUUGGCAUAGAAACAGUUCAAUGUAUAACACUGUAUAUUUUAGGGAUUCCAACUUUACCUUUAAUAUCUUACCAGAAACACCCACAGGUUGGGAAGAAUCUGACGUUGUCCAGUUCUAGUAGAUCAACUACUUUUCCAAGCAACCAUAGCUUACAUCUAGGAUAUCAAUGGUUCCAACGUGGACAACCCAUUUCAAUCGACGGCCGAUAUACAUUCGACUCACUUAAUAAAAGUAUCACAAUUAUAAACGUUUCAAGAAGUGACCACAACAGCAAUACAUCCUGUGUUGCAAAGGAAGAGGGUGGAAAAGCAUCUGAAAAAAACACGUUUGUUUUAAAUGUUUUUUUUCAGCCUGUGAUAUCGCCUACGACAAACCGAACGCAGAUAGAAGGUAGUCCAAACGUAACGCUCGAGUGUUUGUUUGAGAGCAAUCCGCGAUCAACACUUCGUUGGUACAAACGUGGAAGUGAUGCACUGCUUUUUGAAGACGAGGUAUCAUUAGGGAGAAAUACCAGUUUUUACAUCAUACGAUCUUUAAACAGAGACCAUGCCGGUAUUUACCGAUGUAUUGCAGAUAACGGAAUAGGGGCGGACGAGGCUGUCAUAACGUUGGAUGUUCAGUAUCCACCAGAAGUUGUCGUUGAAGCUUUUAAUACCUCAAGUGACUCUUUAACUUCAAAUUUAACAUGUAAAGCCAAUGGUGUUCCGAACAAAUACAGGUAUAUGGGAUGGAAUCAACAGUGGCCCGGCCAUGGUGUGGUCAACGUAUGGAAAGAUGCAGGAUACAAUCUUGUUUUGAAUCAGCUGAGCUAUGAGUAUUCUGGGGUUUAUUCUUGUUCGGCGUCCAAUGGUAUAUCGCUUUAUGGAGAUACAAAGACAAUUGUUGAAAGUUCGACAUACUUCGUCGUUAGAGAUAAACCUGUAGUAACGUUCCCUGUGUCUGCGGCUGAAAGCGGACUGACUACCAUCACGGAUUUGGCCAGUGGCUUUGCGAUGGUCAACUUGCACGUUUAUUCAAAUGACGGUCCGAUUUCUAUCGAGGUAACAAAGGGACAGGACAACGAGAAGAAAUCUGUCAAAGGCAACAUCCGUGUGCAUUAUCCAGAGAUUAUUAAUUUGCCAGUCUUCGGAAGAAAAAUCGCAGUGAAUGGAUCAUUGUGUGUCAUAUCAGUUGCCAUAGAAACGGAUAAUGAUUUUGGACUUCAUGAAAUACUAAUACGAAAUAAUUAUGGGACUAUAAACAUUGGAUGGAGUAUAGAAUACAUGGACUCUGGAGUAGAAAAACAGAUAAAAGGCGAGCAGACGGGUGGAAUUGGUGUUAUUGUUGGAAGUGUUGUCGGGACUGUGCUUGUUUUGCUCGUUGGUUUUAUUAUAGUAUACAUUUUAAGGAAGAGGAUCAACAUUUGUCAAAAAGGUGUAAAUAUAAAGCCAAAAGAUGGAUCAGAUAACGGAACCGCUUCUCCGGAUAUUGUCACAACUGAACUUCAAGACCAAAGCCCAAGAAGCAUUGAUGUUGAGAGAUCAUCUCGGAGCCUGAGGCAAUUCGAACAUGUGGCGUAUGAAGAAAUAAAGCUUGCAACAAGUGAACACGACUAUACCGACCUCACCGUACACCAACUUGAAAAUGACAAUGUGGCUUAUGAAAACACAUUUUAAUAUUAAUGAUUGAGUCAUCGAUUGCAUGUUACAUUCCAUUAUGUAAAAGAAUGCUAGGCGAGUUGAUAUCUAAUACUGAAUACAACUUUUAAACGCACUAUUGAACCGAAUACAUUAUUUACAAACCCAUUGCUAAAAGAGAUUGCAUACCCACUUGGCCCGUUAUCAAGUGUAUUGACAUAGAAAAAACACACUUUAAAGCAAUUUUACAAUUUCUUAACAUAUGUAUUAGCGUUGAAUUCCGAUAAGAUAUUGCCUCAAGUUACGGCAAUACUAAUUUACAUUUGAAAAAAAUAUCAUGUAUAAGUUAUAAUUCAAUUGGGUCUCGUCAGUAGUUCACGCUUAUUUCUCAUCAAUACAUUGUACAAGUAUCUGA